CUUAACGUUAAAUAAUUUUUUAAAAAAAUUUAACAAAAUAUUUAAACAAAUGAACUAAACAUUUAUAGAAUGCUUUCAUGCUUUCAUCAGCUUCAGCCACCUGGUCACACUGUUGGAACCGCGCACGUGUGAAGAAACCGAAGAUCGCCGCCAGUCCAGCGAUCCGGAGGAACAACGAUAACCCAUAGCCAAAAUGGCAGACGCCGUGGAGGCCCUUUUCAUCAGCACCGGCAGCGAGGACAACACAACAUGCAGUGUCCAGGACCUGCGGACCGGUACCGAUCUCAUGCGCUACAAGGGCGGCGGCAUUGCCCAGCACCACGGCCUGGCCAUGAUCAGUCUCAGCCAUGUCUUUGCGGCAAAUUCAGCCAAGCCCCUGAUCCAUGUCUGGCCCAUCAACAAGCAGGAGCAGAUGGCCAGCCUGCGGUUUGUGGUGCCCGGCAAGGUCAAUGCUUUGGCCCUAACGCCCGACGGCUGCUUCCUGGCGGCGGGCAUCCAGGAGAACAUCUAUCUGUGGCACAUGAACACCGGCCGUAUGCUAAACACCUUGUCCAAGCAUUACCAAGCCAUCACCUGCCUGCGAUUCACCGACAAUGGGGAGCACUUUAUCAGCGGUGGCAAGGAUGGCGCCGUGCUCGUCUGGGAUUUGACCUUUGCUGCUGCUCCGUUGGACACGGGCAGCAGUGGGCAGGAUAGUACUGAGCCACUGUACAGCUUCAAUGAUCACGGUUUGGCCGUAACGGAUGUGUAUUCGGGCUUGGGAGGCAUCCGGUCGCACCUCUUCACCGUCUCCCUGGAUCGCUGCUGCAACAUUUAUGACCUUCUUGGGGGCAGCCAGCUGCUAAGCGUAGUCUUUCCAGUGGCUCUGCACAGUGUAAUUGUCAACCGGCUGGAGACGCAUGUCUAUGUGGGCUCCGGCGAUGGCAAGGUGUACGUCUUUCAUAUGGAAAAGACGCCGCGCAUGAAGGAAUACCACGUGGAGGAGGAUGAGCUGCAGGCCUUUGUGGGUCACACUGCUGGCAAGGCCAUCACCAGCUUGGCCUUGAAUAUGAGCUCCACAUCACUGGUGUCCGGCGGCGAGGAUAACCAGGUGUGCGUGUGGGAUGUGGGCAGCCGACAGCUAAUCAAAAGCUUGCCACAGACGGGCUCCGUGACGAACCUGUGCAUCCGUCUGCUUACCCCCAGCGUGUUUCUGCCGGAGCACAAGCACACGCAGCCCUUUGCCGACACUCUGAAGCGUAUGAUUACGCCGCGAACCAAGGACGAUUACAUUGAAUUGCUGGUCACCGAGGAGUACGCCAAGGGACGGAAAUCCCCCGAGCCGGACCUCACGGAGUGUUACCCGGGCACGGAUACGGAAAUACUACGCAAGCUGAUAGCGUCCAUGUAUAUGAGCAAGUCCCAGAAAGACAAGGAUGAGGGGGAGGCGGAGGAGGAGGAGCAGGAUGAGUUGGAGGCAGAGGAUGAGUCUGAUGCGGAGGAAGACGAAAUGGAAGUAGAAGACGAGGCAGCAAAUGAAGAGCUGAGUAGAGACGAUGUCCAGGUAGAAGGAGAGGAUGAGGAAGACGAUGUCGAGGCGGACGAAGAGGAAGAGGAGGCGGAAGAAGAGGAAGACGAGGACGCAGACCCUGACGAGUCCAUGGAGAACUCUGCCUCUGCCAAUGGCGUUGAUGUCCAGAAGCUCCUCGAGGAGAAUGCACGCCUCAAGGAGGAAUCCAAGCGAUUAUUUGACAUCGUGUUCCAGUACAUCUCCACCAGCAAUUCAUCGUCCGCCAAGCCAGGCGACUCCGCCAUCAAGACGAAGCGCAAGAAGCCGAGUCAGAACUAGUCCUUAGAGCUGCUU